UUAUUACAUGUUUUUCACGAGGUGUUUUGAUUUUUGAUCAUAGCAUUGAUGUGUAUUUGUGUAUUUAAUUUACUAGUUAUCAUGUUAUAUGAUUUGCGCUUAUGGUGAAUUGUUUUUUAAUUUGUAAUUCUCCUUUUGUUAGCACAGUUCUUUGUCGAAAGUCGCAUAAAUAUGAAGAAAGUAAAACCAGAGACUUUUUGAAAUAAUUUUUUUUUUUUUUUGAUGAAGGAGACUUUUUGAAAUAAUUGAAGCUGAAUCUGUUUGCUAUUUAGAUUUAGAUGUAUUAUACAAACUCAUAAUUAUGGCGCGAAAAAGGUGAAACUAAUUGCUUCAUACGUUUAUGGAUAUAAAGCUAUAGGUAUAGACUAAGUUGAAGUGAAUGAGAUUGCUCUUCCACAUAUGUUUUUUGCUAUUUUUGUAGUAUUAUUUUAAUCUCACCCUGUGUCUCCUCUCUCUGUGGUUGUUUGAGACAUAUCUCGGCUUUUCUGCUUUUUAUGUUUUUUUCCGUUUCUAUUUCCAACAUGCUUUCUGUAGUAUUUUGCCAUGACUUCUUCAUUUCCGCUACUUCCUUUUCCGAACUGCUUUGAACUGUUUUUCCUCGAGCCGAGCAUCUUUGGGAACAGCCUCUGUACCUCCUAGGUAGGGGUAAGGUCUGCGUACCCUCCCCAGACCCCAUUUUGUGGGAUUACAUUGGAUAAAACAUAACUGAAGCUCAUGGAAAAGAGACGUUUUCAUGGUUUGAUAACGUGUUGGCAUGGCUGACCUCUUACGUUAUCCACAAUAUAGCAAGUAUUUAAGAGAAAUCAGUGGCUGCGUUUUAGAUGAUAACUACUGAUUGCAGCUCGUGAAGGCUGCGUUUAAGCAUGUUGAUAGUCUUUCAGUUGAUUUUCAAUUUCUUUUGUAAUGAGAGGUGGAUUUUUUACCAUUUACCCUAUCGUAUGCUGAACAUAAAACGUGAUAUUUGUCAACAACCGCGUGAAGAGCACUGUAUUUACAGUGUAGAAACCUCCGCCAAGAGGUUAGAGGUCCAUUGAGAAAGUGUUGGUCCGCCAGUCAUUGUAAUCUAAAAAUGGAAAGAUAUAGAAUAUUGAAGGAGCUUGGAGAUGGAACAUGUGGUAAUGUAUAUAAGGCCAUUAAUAGAGAAACAUCUGAAAUUGUUGCAGUAAAGAAAAUGAAGAGGAAGUUUUAUUUUUGGGAAGAAUGUAUUAAUCUACGAGAAAUAAAGUCCCUCCGUAAAUUGAAUCAUCCUAACAUCAUCAAACUGAAGGAGAUUGUCAGGGAGAAUAAUGAGCUUUUCUUCAUACUCGAGUACAUGGAACGUAACUUGUACCAACUAAUGAAAGAACGGCAAAGACCUUUCCUAGAGGAAGAGAUUCGAGGAUUGAUGUCUCAGGUGUUGCAAGGACUAGUCCACAUGCAUAAAAACGGUUACUUUCAUCGGGACUUGAAACCUGAGAAUUUACUGGUGACAAAUGACGUAAUUAAAAUUGCUGACUUUGGGUUGGCUAGAGAGGUUUCAUCAUCACCUCCUUUCACUGAUUAUGUUUCAACUCGUUGGUACCGAGCACCAGAAGUUUUGUUGCAAUCUUCAUCAUACACACCUGCUAUCGAUAUGUGGGCAGUUGGUGCGAUACUUGCUGAACUUUUCACUGUUUGCCCAAUUUUCCCUGGUGAAAGUGAAAUUGAUCAGCUGUAUAAGAUAUGCUGUGUUCUUGGACCGCCAGAUUGGACUAGCUUCCCAGAACUGAGAAGUGCUUCACAGUUGUUUGAUAUAAGUUCUUUUGGUAUUACACCAGCCAAUCUGUCUGAUGUCAUUCCAAAUGCUAGCUUGGAAGCUAUUGAUUUGAUCAAGCAACUCUGCUCAUGGGACCCAUUGAGAAGACCAACUGCUGACCAAUGCUUACAGCACCCAUUUUUUCAUGUUGAUAUGCGGAUUCCUCGUCCUCUAGGGGAUCCACUGCAGAUGAAUUUAAGUAAUGUUGGACCGGAGCCUAAUCUUGAGUUGAACCUGUGGGAUUUUGGGACAGAAAAAGAUGACUGCUAUCUUGGUUUAACUUUGGCUGUGAACCCAAGUCCUUCUUGCCUGGAUUUAUUUCCUGCAAAGAUGGCAAGUAAAAGUCAAGGUACAGGAACGGAUAUGUUGUUCUGUCCUGGUUUCCAAGAUCACUCACAACAAUCAGUUUUCUGGUCAUUGUUUCCUCCUGAUCACCAUCAAAUAUCUACUCCGGUGGACUCCUCAUUGUCAUUAUCAUUCAGCACGAUUCCACACUCAACUAUUGGAGCUCCACAAUCAACUGGUUUUGGCAUGACAUCUUUGCAGCCUAACUGCUUGGAGCGCCCCUUUCUGGCUAUGUCAUCCUCCUUCCAGCAGGGACGUUGCCUUUGAGCUACUGCUGAUUCAAUUCUCUGGUUCGACUAAAUAAGCAAUAGGAAUUAGCUGUAAUCUGUAAAUGUAAUUGACAGCGUAAUUUAAAACUAUUUACUAGAAUUUUUUCAUUCUCAGAAGAUUUUCUUCUAAAGAUGUAGCACCCAGCCCCUUUUAUGUGGUAUAGUUGGUGUCCUUGUGGGAAUAUCCUAUAGAAGAUGACUGAAAGAUACUGUUGUAAUUAUUAAGCCAUCAUAAACGGGGAGAAAGAUACAACUCUGAUUCUUUAUUUA